AGAUAUGGCGUCGAAUAGACGACAAUACACAAAUUUUUCAGAAGAAGAAGAUCUAAAUCUUCCCACAGAAACAUCAGCACGGAGUGAAGAUAAUUUUAAAUGGACUCCUAACCGAGAAAGAAUAUUUCUUGAGUUGUACGAUCAAGCAAUUGCCAUGGGCAAUUAUCGUUUCAAAGAUCCUACACCCCUUGGUAGAGAAUUUAUCGUUGACAAGUUUAACAAGGAGUUUAAUCUAAACAUAAAUUAUCGGUUCUUCAAAGAAAAACUUGAUCAACUAAAAAGAAAAUACAAGAAAUACAAGCAUCUUAUGAAAGAUUCCACGGGCAUCUCGGUUGAUACUACUACAUCUGUGAUAUCGGCAUCUAACUCAUGGUGGAAAGAGCGUGAAGUAAGUAUUUAUAAUGUCUCUCAUAACCAAAAUAUAAUUUAGUAAAAUUUUAAAAAGAUUUAUAAGCUAAAAAAUUUAUUAUCUUAUUAACAGGUAUGUAAAAUUGUCAAAUCAUUUAAACGAAAGCCGCCAGAGCUUUGGGAUGUGAUGCAACGAUGUUUCAUAUUAUAUGACGUCCACUCGCAGCCUCAAUUCUCUGUGAACCAAAGAAGAGAACAGCUGAGGAAUGAUGGUCUGGAUAAUGAUGAAGGUCAUGUAUACUUUGAAACAUAUGAUGGUGAUAUGCAAGACAGUCAAGUUCCUGAGACACAAGAAAAUGAAGAGGUGUAUCGUGUUAACAUUGAUGAUGAAACACGUCAGUCAAAUGCGUUCAUCCGUGAAAGUUUGCAUCAGAAUUCGUCACCCGCCGCUCCUUUUCAGAUUCCUACAUCCAGAAUUCAACAACGAGGUGGAGUCAGGCGGGGAAGUAGUUCGUAAAGAGGUGCAGGAAACUCCCAAAUUUCUACCAGGAGUGGAUCACGAGGAAGUCGUAGAAAACAAUCAUUUGAAACAACCCUAACAGAUACAAUAACUGGCUUCAGAGAGUUUCAACGCCAAAGUUUACAACAGUUGCGCCCGAAUUUUUUUGACGAGGCUGAUUACAACGAAUUCGAUAUGGCUGUGAAGAUAUUUGAAUCAAUGGCCCUUCCGAAUGACACUGAUUUUUAUUGGGCUUGCAUGCAUGCAUUUAAGGAAGAAAGAUUUUGGCGUAAGUACUUCAUUGAUAGAGCUGAAAGAACCAUCGAAGAUAAGCUGAAAUUUUUACAAGCUCUUACUGGAUAUACACCGGACAGUGAAUAUGUGGGAAAACGGUUAGCUUCCGGACAAAAUUUUGGGAGUUCUAUUGGAAGCGGUUUUUCUUUUGGAAGUCCAUCUUUUGGUGGUAAUUAUUCAUUGGGUCAAAGUUCUGGUAGUCAAUGGGGUCCUGGUAUUCAACAAUGGGGAACACCUCCAACUGGUCCGCAAUGGAAUUCACCUUCAAAUGUCCCACAAUGGGGAAUGCCUCCAGCUGCACCACAAUGGGGUCCACCUCCUAAUAUGCCGCAAUGGAGUUCACCUCCAAUUGCUCCGCAAUGGAAUUCACCUUCAAAUGCUCCACAAUGGGGAACGCCUCCAACUGCUCCCCAAUGGAAUUCACCUUCAAAUGCCCCACAAUGGGGAACACAACAAAAUGUUCCCCAAUGGAGUUCACCACCAAAUGUUCCACAGUGGCGUUAAUCACCAAAUGCCCGACAAUGGGGUUCAUCACAAAAUGCUCCACAAUAUAUCCCUCCAACAAAUGUUCAACGUGGAUUUUCAUUGGGAACGGAAGAGGAAACUACGACAAAUGCUCAUCAAAGAGUUUCACAUGAAGAAGAUGUUCCUUCAGCCGAAAACAUGGUUAGGGGAGUAUCACCAGAAUUUGGUUUCACGAAUUAUUCUUCUACACCAAGGACAUCACGACCACGAAGACGAGGAGGAUUAUUCAACAUUUGGGGAUCUGGAGGAGGACUAAAUUUAAAUGAAACUCAUCAAAGUGAUUCAGCAUCUGAGAACUAGUUCAAUAACGCUUGUGUUUUAGUUUCCUUUAUGUUUUAUUUUGCAUUAUAUUUUUGUAAUGUCAGAAUGUACUAGUACUGUUGAUUUACUUUAUUUCUCAUUAGUUUAUU